GUUAAAAUUUAAUAGUUUUAACAACACUUUUCUAUUGAUAAGUGUAUAAUACAUAACAAUAUGUAAAAUUUACUAAGUAAAAUUUUUGUGUAAAUUGGUUUUUUAUGUGAAUAUUUUGUAGCAAAGAAAAUUUGAAAGAAUUUCUAAGGAAAAAAAAGAUUUUUUGUAUAUUCCUAGUAAUAAUUUUUAAGAAAAACAGAAAUGUCAACAAGUCCUGGGAAUAAUGAACACAAUAAUCAUUUGUUUGGAGGAAUAUCCGAUUCCGAGAUGGCACGAGGUUCAAUAGGACGUGAAAGGAUAAUAUCGGGUGUGGUUGGCAGUCAACCGCCUAAUGCACUUCAAGAUGAUCUCAAUAAAGAAUUGCUUGCUCUUCGGCGUGAACAGGAAUUACAGCAACAAAAACUUUGGCGUGAUUUUCAAGAGCAAAAAAAGGAACUUGAAAUGCAACAUAAAAUGCAACUUGAAAGCAAGUUACAAUUUGCGGCACAUGGCAUGUUAAUGUUCCAGGAACUACAAUUGCAACGAAUAGCAGCAGAGCGUCAGAACGCAUUGAUGCUAGAGGAACAACAAAGAAAAGAGCGAGAGGCAGCACAAGCAGCUGCCGCAGCAUUAAGAAGGAACAAUGAGAGACAUGAAUGUAACGCUAAUGCUAGUCCUGAUGUCAAACAAACAUUAAAAACUUUUUUGAUACAAAAGAAAAUUGAGAAAGAAAAAGGACAGCAGAACGCAACAUGGAAUAGAAAUUUAGGUAUAUUGAAAAGCUCAUCAGGAGAAUCUUUACCACUUGGUGCAGCAUCAUCAGUUAGUUCUCAUCCAUACAAAAUUCCUCAACCACCGUCCUCAAUAGCUAAAUAUGAUUCAGACUUUCCACUGAGGAAAACAGCAUCGGAACCGAAUCUUCUGAAGAUACGAUUAAAGCAAAGUGUGAUUGAGCGAAAGGCACGUGUAGGACCAUUAGCAGCACGUCGUCAAGAGCGCCUUUUGCUUGCUCACCAAAGACGAUUACAAAAACAGGUGGCACUGGCACAAGCUACAAAUUGUAAUAGUGGUGGACCAGAUUCACCAAACUCACCACCUACACGUGGAUCACCCACGAGUGCUCCAAUACAAGAAGAGAAUGAAGAUCCUCAAUAUAAUGGUGCAAAUCGUGACCUUCAAUUGUUUAGCUCGCCAUCGAUGCCCAAUAUAUCUUUAGGUCGUCCACAUUUAUCGAAUGUUGCUGCCGCUGCUGCUGCAAAUCACUUUGCAUUAAUGUCACAGUUACGUCCACCAUCACAGAAUAUUCUCGGUCACCAGUCGACAAUUCCAGCGCCAUACUUAGUACCUCAAUUUGAGCUUUCAGAAGCACAAGCUGCAACAGCACACUUAAAUCAUAUGCAGGCAGUUGCUCACUCAGUUGUAGCGGCUGCUUAUAAUCAACAACUCUCUGAAGCACAUGCUGCUCAACAACAGCAACAGCAACAACAACAGAGAUUACAAAAACCUGGUCAUCGACCUUUAGGAAGAACACAAUCAGCACCAUUACCUUUGGGGCAUCCAAUGUUGACUGGUGCGCCAAUUAAUAUCGCUACACUACAUGAAAAUUCUGAGGCAGAACGGCAAGCAUAUGAACAACAAAUGCUGAAACAAAAAAUACGUCAAACAGCACUGUCACGAUCAAAUACAAGAGAAUUAUUAAAAGAGGAAGAGUCCGGUGAAGUAAUCGAUUUAACUGAUAAGAAACAACCUCCAAGAACAGUCAUUACAAAUUCUGUGAUAACGAGUACAUCACAAUCACUUCCACAUACAGGUGAUGAUCGAGUACGAAGUGAAUAUCUUCAGAAACAACGCGAAAUUCUUUUACGACAAACAAUGGGUGCUUCAAUUGAAGAUCCAUACACACGAACACCUCUACUCCGUCCAUUAGCAAGAACAUUAUCGAGUCCUUUAGUACAUGUUGGCCAUCCUGGCAUCACGUCAGGAAUUGUUACGAGUGGCUCAGCUAGUUCUCUUCAUUCCGAUACCACAAGUACUGGUCAUAUGAUACUCAGUAACAAUGAAACGCUUCCACCGCCUGUGAAUCUCUCAAUGAAUCAUCAUCGAAUUUACGAGAACGGAUCGCCGAAUGGAAAGAUUAAGACUGGCUUAGCAUUUGAUAGUGUAAUGUUAAAACAUGCAUGCAUAUGUGGUGAUAAUUCAUCACAUCCUGAGCAUAGUGGUCGUCUACAAAGCAUUUGGGCGCGUCUUGUUGAAACUCAUCUAGCAAAUCGUUGUGAUCGUUUAAGAUCAAGAAAAGCGACACAAGAAGAGCUUCAAGUCGUUCAUACGGAAGCUCAUGCACUUCUUUUUGGAUCAAAUCAAAUUAAUCGACAAAAGAUUGAGGCAUCACGUGCGAGUUUUGUACGUUUGGCAUGUGGUGGUGUCGGUAUUGAUUUAGACACAACAUGGAACGAGAAUCAUACGGCUAGUGCAGCUCGUAUGGCUGCUGGAUGUGUUAUAGACUUAGCAUUUAAAGUUGCUAAAGGCGACAAUAAAAAUGGCUUUGCUGUUGUUCGACCUCCUGGACAUCAUUCAGAGCCAGGUUUAGCGAUGGGCUUCUGCUUCUUCAAUUCAAUUGCCAUUGCUGCUAGAUUAUUACGUUUAAAGAUGCCUGAAAUUAGACGAGUUCUUAUUAUUGAUUUUGACGUGCACCAUGGAAAUGGAACACAGCAAAUUUUCUAUGAAGAUCCGAAUGUUUUAUACUUGUCUAUACAUCGUCAUGACGAUGGAAACUUUUUUCCUGGCACUGGUGCUUCUACGGAAUGUGGUUCAGGAAGUGGUUUAGGUUUCAAUAUUAAUAUUGCUUGGUCCGGAGGAAUUAAUCCUGCACUUGGUGAUGCUGAAUAUUUAGCUGCUUUUAGAACUAUCGUGAUGCCUGUUGCAAGAGAAUUUUCACCUGAUAUUGUGUUAAUUUCGGCUGGAUUUGAUGCUGCUGCUGGACAUCCGGCACCUCUCGGUGGAUAUGUUGUAUCUCCUGCUUGCUUUGGUCAUCUAACAAGAGAAUUGAUGCAACUGGCUGGAGGAAAGGUUGUUAUGGCACUUGAAGGUGGAUAUGACCUUCCAGCAAUCUGUGAUUCUGUUCAAGAAUGUGUACGUGGAUUACUUGGCGACGAACCUGCACCAUUGUCAGAGAGUGAAUUAUCACGUCCACCAUGUUCGAAUGCUGUCGAAACACUUCAAAAGACUAUUGCAAUUCAAAUGACACAUUGGCCAUGUGUAAAACAGCUCGCUCAUACUGUAGGAUUCUCAGCUCUUCGAGCACUCAAUAGUGAACAUGAAGAAUCAGAAACUCUAACUGCUAUGGCAGGUUUAUCAAUGCAAUCAAUUACUAGACUUUCAGAUAUAUCUCGUGAAGAUUCAUCGGAACCAAUGGAUCAAGAUCAAGAUGAUAAGUAAAAAAAUGCUACAAAAAUAGAAAUAAAUUUCUAAUCAAUCAUUUGUUUGGUAAAUAAACAUGUCGUGAACGAGAGCUUGAAUUUUUUAGCUUAAUGAAAAUUUAAUUAGAGGAAAAAACACACACACAAAAAAAUUUGAGAACGAUUUUUAGAAGAAAUAAAAUUGAUAAAGUCUAAAGAUAGACUUCUUAUUUAAUGAUUCAACAGUACUUGUGAAGAAUGGAAAGACGGAUGAUGAUGAUGAUGAAAAAAAUCAUAACAUAUAUAGAACUUUAAAUCAGGGAUAAAAUUUUUUUGACGAUAAUGAAAAUGAUAUAAAUUAUUAUUAUUAGAAAAAGGACAAAGAAAAUUUGUGCGAUUUUUUGAUAUAAAAAGAGGACAUGAUAGUUAGAAAUUAUGAGCAAAAGAAUGCUAUGGAUGAAUUUUUGUUCUGUAAAGUUCUUGAAUUCUUAGUUGGAUGUGUAAUGUUUGGGUAAUCUUUUAAUGCAGAUUUUUAAAAUUCAAUUUUGAUCACAAAAAGGUUUUUAAACAUUUUGGCGCCAAAAUAUUAGAAUCAUUUGCAGUCAAUCACUUAUUUUUCAAUGGAUCUCAAUUGUGAAAGAUCCAUUUCUCAUUUGUAGUGGAAGUUUUAGAGUAGUUCGGAUAGAUUUUAAGAUUCUUAUCAAAGCGUCUUAAAGAAUAUAAAUUAGUUCAUAUAUCAAAUCAUAACCAAGUUGGAUAUUUGAUCCAAAAUUACAGAAUUUAAAUGCCUAUAAUUCUAGAAUUUUUGACCUUAUAAUAUCAUAUUUUUGACAGUAAUUAAUAAUAAUGCUUAGUACAAUCAUUACUCAAAUAUUACGUGCCUUCUAAGGAAAUUCAGUGCUUAUCAGAACUUUAUUGAUGAUAAUUAAAUUCAUCUUUUUUGACAUACAGAAAACACACAGUUUUAAUUUAUUUUUUUAAAAGAAAAACUUUUUAACUGCUAACAAUGAAAAAAAUAAUAAAUAAUUAAAAUUUAUGGAUAGAA